UCCAACCCCAGCAACGCAGAGGCACCAGUCAUACUGCAGCAUUUCACUUGAAGACAUCAUUUAAAACCUAUGCUGCCUUAUUGUUUUAUUUCAUCUGUUCUCUACAGCUGGUCCACAUUUUGUGUGGAGCUCCUGAUAUCUGAUCAGAGCGAACACAGCCAGGUGAGAGGAAGAUGACCCAUGUAACAAAACCAGCAACAGCCGGCGAUACCAUGGUGGACAGCGGCCCAGCUGGAGUGAUCUCAGAGGAGCAUGAGGUAUUGAGUAUUGUAACUCCACAACCAUCCCCGACAAGCUACAAGCAGAGGAGUGAGGAAUUCAAAAAGACUUUUAAGGAGCUCUCGGAGUCUGAAAGACUUAUAUUGGACUACACCUGUGCUCUGCAAAAAGAAAUUUUACUUCAAGGACGCUUAUUCCUCACGGAGAACUGGAUCUGUUUCUACAGUAAUGUAUUUUGGGGAACAAAGAUUACGGUGAAUAUGAAAGAUAUUGCGUCCAUGUCGAGGGAGAAGACAGCUCGACUGAUACCAAACGCCAUUCAGAUCGUUCAGACCAAUACAGAGAAGCUCUUUUUUACGUCUUUUGCUGCAAGGGAGAAAAGUUACCAGAGCAUUUUUCGUCUAUGGCAGAAUUUUCUAUUAGAAAAGAGAUUGACCAAGCAAGAGCUGUGGCAGAUGGUCAAACAGCAUUAUGGCAAUGACUUGGGUUUGAGCCAGGAAGAAAUGGACAGUAUGCAGAUGAUGGUAGACACAGUUGCACAUAACCAGUCCAGCUUGAACAUGAAAACAGAGGAUCACACUGUUAAACUGGAGAGACCUUCCUCUCUACGUCUGCCUCAGAUCGAGCAGACGUCACAUGAGACCUCAACACCGCAGGGAGAUGACACGCAGUCGUCCAUCGGACUGCAGAGCAUGCUUUCUCCGAACGGGGAUGAUGUGCGGAGCACACCGUCUCAGCCACGGAGUCCUAAUCUUUCCCUGGACCGCUUCAGCAACGAACGAGUGUCCAAGCACUCUUCUCUGUCCUUGGAUCUGAAUGCCAAUGAAGGCCGACUCUCAGAUAAUAGUCUGUCUGAUAGCAUGGAGGAAGCGGAGCGAGAUUGUCUGUCCCAGGCAUCUCAGGGAAGGCUGUACAUGAACAGGGUGUUCCGUUUUAGCGCAGAGAAAAUGUUUGAUCUGCUUUUCACCGAUUCAUAUUUUACCCGGCGUUUUAUGGAUGCCAGGAAGAUCACUGGUGCAACCUCUACGUCUUGGCAGAGGGACGCCUCUGGCUCUAUGAAGAGAAGUUUAAAUUACACCAUCACUAUCACCAACCCGCUAGUGGGGAAAUUUUCCACUGCAACAGAAAACCAGACUCUAUAUAAGGAAUCAAGGGAGGGUCAUUACUACUUGUUGGAUUCAGAAGUCUACACGCACGACGUCCCGUACCACGACUACUUCUACACUCUGAAUCGCUACUGCAUCAUACGCAACUCGAAGCACAAGUGUAGACUUCGGAUUUACACUGAUGUGAAAUACAAGAAGCAGCCAUGGGGAUUUGUGAAGUCUUUUAUCACCAAAAACUCUUGGAGUGGCCUGGAGGACUACUUCAGGCACCUUGAGUCGGAGCUUCUUGAGGAGGAGGCGGAGUUGAACCAAGGUUCCGGUGACGCCGGAAAAGGCGGCUUGCGGAGAAGGCGGAGGACUUUCAGUCGCUCCCUGCAGGAGCACAAGAGACCCAGCAGGCAGUACAGCGUAGAUCCCGAGCAGCACAGAGAAAGCUCCAUCGGUGCAGCAGACACGAAGAAUGCACAAAAGUGGAACAUCACUUCCAUUAUAGCUGCAAUGAGCUUAAUACUGUUGAUUCUGACCAUACUAAACCUGGGACUGUUCUUCAAGCUGUGGGCCAUGGAGGACGUGGCACAUCGUAUGUACCUCAGCACAAAGCAGCGCAUGAGAGAAAAAGCCGAGGGCAGUCUGGCACCUGACCUGGGCCCUCGACAGACGACAUUCCACAGGAGCCCGGAGGAGUCGCGCCUACUGAGGGCCGUGCUGCAGGACUCCAUCAACCUUCUAGAACAGUUGCGCAACUCUCUCGUGGUACUUCAACAGAACUUCCAGGGGUCCAAUAAGACUGCUACUCAGCUAUGACAUGCUGCCUAGUGACCCUCAGAGUGCAGGAGAAUUCGGCCCACGAGGCUUUGCCCACAUCAGGGGACGUUGGCACAGGCAACGGUUACCUCAGAGAUGCCUUUUCGCCAGCGGAUGUUACUACCUCAGGCCUUCUGCGCUGUGGAUGUUUUUGAGCCAUGUGCAAGCGUGUAGGGAUUUGUGGUGGCACAGGGAGCGAUGCAGGUCCAUCGCUCCUGCAGAUUGUGAGCUCAGGGUACAUUUAAAUUCACAGGUGUUGCCUUUUCCCUUUUGAUUGUAGCGUAAAUGCUUGCAGUCAUCUACCUAAAUUAUUGAAUGUAUCCUGCUUUAGCCUGUUGAUUGAUUUGCACAGCAGUUGUUAAAAAUUUUGUUUAUAAACGCUCUCUAGGGGUGAGAGUGCGUGUGAGAGUGAGUGUGUGUGUGUAAGAAAGCAUGAAGAUGAUUCCGUUAUCCAGAGCAUGACCUAGCGUAAUUUUUUUUUUUUUUUUUUUUUUUUUUUUUACACCAUGUUGGUAAAUCUUCUAAUGACUGAAACGUUUUGAUGUUUCUAGAUACGUUUGCACGUCUGAACACUGUUGAAUGAUAUUCUGUCUGGUUGUAUGUGACACAGAUGUAUGCAGAAUACAGAUUUUUUUUUUUUUUUUAAGAUUCUGGUAUAUUUUAUGUUCCUCUAGAGAAACAUGUAAAACAAAUGUGUGUAUAUAUAUAAUAUAGACUGGGUGUUCAUAAUUAUAGUUUUUUUUUUUAAUAUAUAUUUUAGCUGUAAGAUGUUUACACUACAUUUUGAUGUCAUUUGUAAUUGUACAGAAGUUUAGCCAGACUCAAAUAGUAGUAAUAACAUUUGCACACAAAGUCUCCGAAGAUGGUAGAAUUAAAAUAAUUUUGUGGUCUUUGUUUUAUGAUUAUUAUUAUUUAAAUGAAAUGGAUCUUAAAGCCAAGCCUUGGAAAAUUUUCCUCAGGAAAUAAUUGUUCUUCUAUAUGGAAAUAAAUUGUGUAAUGUCUAUUUAUGCCUUAAAUAAAAGCCCAAUAUGUGGUGGUUUUGUGAUUAUG